CAGUAAAUACUGUAGACCAGAGGCGGGGUUUGACCCGCUCUGAAAACAUCUCUAAUCCAGUAUUUCAGGUAGCGACUAGACUCACUACCGCCGCGCAUCAACUCCAGUCCCGCCGACAGACCAGCAACCGUGGACCACAGGGUUUAUGCGCUCAAGUUAAACACAGUGAAAGCCUAAGACUUAACUCGGGAAGUAAGAAGACAAAUGGAAUGAACUAAAGCUGUUUCUACUUUUGUGAUCAACUAACAAUUUCCGCCGUCAGACCCUCACCAACGCCUCCCAUCCAGAUGACUGUUUCCUCAGGUUUAUUAGCCUACAGAUUCCAAAGGACAAUAUUAAUCACAACAUUUUCUGUGGAUUUCAAACAAGCACAAGGAAGUUUGGUUUAUUCGCCUUUCAAAUGGGCUCCGGUGCUGUGCGAUGCUGAGAUGGACACUCCUGGAGAGGGUGUGGUCUCUGACAGGCUGAUUUCUCUCAGCCAAUCAGAAUCAGCAGGGUGGCCAUGACCUCAACGUCCCGCAGGACAUUGGCGGCUACACCGUUUCUACUCAGGCAUCUGAACGGACACCUACAACAACAUUACUAUACAUCAAAGCCUUUUCUGAUCAGGCAUCUGGGCAUCUGAACGGACACCUACAACAACAUUACUAUACAUCAAAGCCUUUUCUGAUCAGGCAUCUGGGCAUCUGAACGGACACCUACAACAACAUUACUAUACAUCAAAGCCUUUUCUGAUCAGGCAUCUGGGCAUCUGAACGGACACCUACAACAACAUUACUAUACAUCAAAGCCUUUUCUGAUCUCCUGGGAUUACUGACUGUGGACUCCACCCCAAUACACACAGUACCUCAGUGUGUGUGAGUGUGUGCUGAAUUCUCCAAAACACACCCACACACACGCACGCUCUCGGUGUGGUUGUGUGUUGUGUGUGACUGCACGAUCUCCGUGUGGUUGUGUGCGGCGUAUUCCCGGUGUGUGUGUGUGUGGUGUGUGUGACUGCGGGCGCCCAUGUGUGCCCACCUUGCGGCAGCUGCCAGUGGAGUGACGUAGGCUCUGCCCGUGACCUCUGACCCUGCGCCAUGGCGUGGGUGAAGUUCUUCCGACGGCCAGCAGGGGGGAACCUGGCCAAGUCGUACCAGCCGGGCAGCAUGCUGUCCCUCGCGCCCACCAAGGGGCUACUCAACGAGCCCGGCCAGAACAGCUGCUUCCUCAACAGCGCUGUGCAGGUACUGUGGCAUAUGGACAUCUUCAGACGUAGUCUUCGGCAGCUGCCCAACCACGACUGCCACGGAGAGUCCUGCAUCUUCUGUGCACUAAAGGGCAUCUUCAGUCAGUUCCAGCACAGCCGUGAGCGGGCACUGCCCUCUGAUAACCUGCGCCAUGCGCUGGCAGAGACCUUCAAGGACGAGCAGCGCUUCCAGCUCGGCGCCAUGGACGACGCCGCAGAGUGCUUCGAGAACAUUCUGGAACGGAUCCACCUGAACAUCGUCCCCGACGCAGACAUCGACUCCUGCACCUCCAAGUCCUGCAUCACUCACCAGAAGUUUGCCAUGACUCUCUACGAACAGUCUGUAUGCCGGAGCUGUGGAGCCUCUUCUGACCCGCUGCCCUUUACUGAGCUGGUCCACUACGUCUCUACAACUGCCCUCUGUCAUCAGGCGUACGACCGACGUGAGGAACGUUUGAGGUCAGACGACAUGUUCGGAGAGCUGCUCCAGGCUGCUAGCACCAUCGGGGACCUGAGGAACUGCCCGAGUAACUGCGGUCAGCGGAUUAAGAUCCGGCGUGUGCUGAUGAACUCUCCUGAGAUCGUCACCAUUGGAUUCGUCUGGGACUCGGAGCAGUCUGACCUCACCGAGGAUGUCAUCAGAGCCCUUGGACCACACCUCAGCCUCUCCGGGCUGUUCUACCGCGUGACUGAUGACCAGGCCAAGCGUAGCGACCUUCAGCUGGUGGGAAUGAUCUGCUUCUCCAGUCGCCACUACUGCGCCUUCGCAUUCCACACCAAAUCCGCCAAGUGGGUCUUUUUCGACGACGCCACUGUCAAAGAGGUGGGCCCACGCUGGAAGGACGUGGUGUCUAAGUGCAUUAAGGGCCACUUCCAGCCCCUGCUGCUGUUCUACUCCAACCCUGAAGGGAGCGCCGUCAUGUCCGAUGACCCAGCCCAGCAGAGACCUGCCAGCACCGCCCGGAACCACCACAAGAACCCUGCUAACGGAGACGCCACAGAUGUUCCGCAGCCCCCACUGAAGAGGCUGGAGUUGACCCGGGAGAACGUGAGCGCCCUCAUAGCGGGCCAUGGAACCUUGAGAACCCAGAAGGCGCCAACGUCCCUCUUCAGCCGCGGCAGCAACCAGACCAGUGGUGGCAGAGGACCUGUGAAGGUGUCCGGUGACCCCCAGAGCCGCAUCAGGGAGCUGUCCCGAGAGGUGGCCCAGCGGGCAGGAGAGCUGAGGGCUGCCGGCCUCGCCAAGAAGGACUCCGAGAGAGCCGACCGAUCGCACCGACGCCACGAGACGCUACGCCACAGAGAUGUGCACCAGGACAGAGCUCUGUCCCGCUCGCUGUCUCCUCCAGAGAGCGGCUUCCAGCAGGUGGAGCAGCGCCUGUACAGCAGCCAGGGCCGAGGGCCGACCCGAGUGGGCCGCCUCGGACACGAACCGCACACACACACACAGACACACACACACGAACCGCGCUCGCGCUCCCACGAGCCGCGUCCACACGGCCACGCACACACACACACACACGAGCAGCGCUCACGCUCCAACACGCGGCCGCCCCUCACACAGUCUGGCGGAGGGCCGGGGCACUACAGCCGCAGGGCGGAGCCUGCUAAUGCUAACGCUAAUGCUAACGGCUACGACACGGAUAGCAGCCAGGACUCCCGCGGUCGCCACGGCGGCCACAUCGCCGCCGAGAGCCGCGCCAACAACCGCGCCUGGCGUCCGAUGCGCGAGGCGCUCAACGUGGACAGCGUGCUGAGCGGCCAUGGAGAGAGGCGGGGCCUGACGCCCACGCCACAACAGGCUAGCCCGCGGCGGCGACAGCCGUCCAAUCACGAGAGGGCCCUGGAGCUGGAGCGCAAGCCCAAGAGUGACCACCUGGUGACCAUCUACGAGGAGGAGCAGCGGAGCGCCGUGCUGGGCAGUCGCAGCUCGCUGGACUCCGACGGACGCGGCGGCGGCUACGAGCGGCCCAAGGUCCGCAACGAGGCUACGAGCAGCCUGCAGGUACGAGGCAACGAGGCGUGGAAGAUCCAGCGCACGGAGUCGGGCUACGAGAGCAGUGACCGCCUCAGCAACGGCUCCGCCAGCCUGGACUCGCCCGUGGUGGACAGCUUAGGCACCAAGGACCUCCGGCCCAUCCCAGAGAUCCAUACCCCGCGGGAUGCCCUCAGGCGCUAUGACGACUCAAAGGCAGAGAUUCUACAUGCUGCAUUCACCUAUGGUCAGCAUACUGUGAAAUCACAUGACCUUCAGUCCAGUCCCAGCCUGCACAGGCAGCGAGCGUUCCGGUACACCCCCCGAGGUGCAGAGCUGGAGGGGGAGGUGCUGCCUCUGCCCAAGACCAGCAGCUCCGAGUGCAACAGUUCCGACGAGCUGACCGGUCCCUCCUCCGAGCUGGAUGACGCACUGCUGCGCUACGACGACGUCCUGCAUCGCUACGGCAACGAUGACGCGGUUCCCCUCGUCCAGCGACACGCCUCCUCCUCUUCCUCCUCCUCCUCCUCACACCACUCCCCGGCCCCGCCUCCUACUCAACCUAAGCCACUCCCCCUCUCCCCACGAUUGGACAGGAUCAACCGGAACGGGCGAUGGGCGGAGUCUGCGGUGCCGGAGCCACGUCCCCCCUCGUCUGACGGCAGCUGGCGGUCCGGUUCUGGUUCUGACCCGGAGAGGACGGAGCAGUCGGCCAGCGACGGGGACGAGGAGCGGCAGGACGCCUCACCACACACACACCCUCACACACGCGGCCAUGCGGCCGCCCCAGACCCCGCCCCCCCCACGGCCCAGCCCACCACCUACUUCUCCGUGGAUACGUGCAUGACGGACACCUACCGCGCCAAAUACCACAAGUGCAGGCCGGCCCUCUACAUGAUGGCCGACGCCCAGGGGGAGGAGCCAAGCUCGUCAGGGGAGAGUGACCACGGGGAGGAGGCAAGCCCCACCCCCUCAGAGACGCAGCCGUCUGACUCUGUCAGACCCAAACCUGAAGCAGGCUACACCAGCAACAAGGCAGCGGUGAAGUGGAACCCAGUGUCCUUUAAAGGUCUGGACGAGCAUGGCUUCCUGUGAACACACACACACACACAGAGAUGAUGAAUGUGUUACCAGGACAUUUGCACAGCGCCAAGGAAGAGAUCUUCACACACCGCCUGCGUCACUUUGUCCAGUUCCGUCAGCAGUGAGAUUAUUUAAGAGCUUGUUGAGAUUACGGUGAUUGAAACAAAUCACAACCAACUUUGAAACGUUACACUCCGCCACGCGAGAACCUAAACCGCUCUGCAUCCCCCAAGAACCGCCACACGAGAACCUAAACCGCUCGGCACCCCCCAAGAACCGCCACGCGAGAACCUAAACCGCUCGGCACCCUUCACCCCCACGCUUCGGUUCAGUCCCGUCCUGAAGUCUUUCCUCUCUGUGCAGAAGAUGAUCUGAUUCUAAAGUCUUUCCUCUCUGUGCAGAAGAUGAUCUA